UGGGCGGAGAUUUGCUGCUACGUGUGUAGGAUGUCAUUGAAAAGACUUGCAUUUAAAGGAAGUACAAAGGAUCGAUCUCAGGAUCUGCUGAAUGCUGCAGCAAGUUGUAUGAAAGAUUAAGAAAUGUGCACAGAAGAAGUUGUACUUGUUGACUUGUUUGAUCCAGGGUAUCUCUUAUACAACAAUAACUAUACAGAGCCUAUUGAACAUGUUUUGGACAUAUCUAAAAAAUAUUACAGCCGAAAUCUCCCAUUUACUUAUAUAAUGUGCUUUUGUGAUUCAUCUUGCUCACCUGAAGCUCAAGAACUUUUCCAUGGCGCUUCUAUCCAGUAUCUGGAGGGUUUAAGAAAUGGAUCUAAAAUUGUGAGUGACUCCAGUAUGGCUGCUAUUCUGUACUCCAUCAAACAAGAUAUAGAUGCUUUAAACUUGAGUAAAAUUCUUGUUAUCAUGCCCAAGAACAGAAGAGCACAAAUGGACAUAUUUGUAGAUUAUUUGUUUACUGACCUAUACAAGUUUACCUUUCAACCAUUUGAAAUACAAGCAGAAAAAGACAGUUUAAAUUGCACAUCUGGCAAAAAACACGUUGGGGAUGAUAUUUCUCAUGGGAAUUUAAGAGACAUAACUGUAAGAAGCAUCAGAACGCACCUGGAAACAUUGCCAGCUCUGAAAGGGAAUAUUGUUAUUCUUAAAUCAUACCUUAUUCCAGAGACUAAUUUUCUGCAUGGGUUUACCACGAGAACAGGCGGCAUCUCAUAUGUACCAACGCUCAGCUCCCUUAACCUCUUUAGCAGCUCUAAGAGGAGAGACCCCAGGGAGGUUGUUGCAGAGAAUUUCCGCCGGUUAGGCAAAGCCGCUGGGUUUGAUCCUAAGACGUAUGUCUCUGUGAAGGUUGAUCAUGCCAGUGAUGUUUGGAUCAUGGGUAAAAGUGAACCAGACAGCUACGAUGGAAUUGUCACUAACCAGAAAGGAGUCACAAUAGCAGCACCCGGGGCAGAUUGUAUCCCAAUGCUGUUUUGUGACCCUGUCCGUAAAGCAUGUGGUGCAGCUCAUUCAGGCUGGAAAGGGACCCUGCUAGGUGUUGCAAUGGCCACAGUUAAUUCAAUGGUGUCUGAGUAUGCAUGUCAUGUUGAGGACAUCUUGGUUGUACUUGGUCCUUCUGUUGGUCCCUGCUGCUUUACACUGACACAGGAAGAAGCCAGAGCUUUUAAUGAUAUUGACCCCCAGUGUGUUCGUGAGUUUAAUUCACCAAACCCCUAUGUAGACAUAAGAAGAACAACAAGAAUUCUUCUGGAACGUGGGGGCAUUCUGCCACAGAACAUUCAGGAUGAUACGGUUUCGGACAGGAGCCAGAAUGUCACUCUCUGCACCUCCUGCCACCCAGACAAGUUUUUCUCUCAUGUGCGGGAUGGCCUCAAUUUCGGGACACAGAUUGGAUUCAUAUCAAUUAGAGAAUAACUGCACCUCUGCAGCGAGGCCUCACAAAGCAAUUACAGGAGAUAAUGAAGAAGUGGAGUCAUUUGCUCCUGAUAUUCUUCUGUUGGUUGCAGCUAGGAAAACCAAUAAAUGAACAGAAACUAUGGCAAAACUGGUGCAUGGAGUGAAUGAGUAGCAAGUGAUUAUGUGAACACUAAUAUGAUGAAGGUAUAAUAAAUAUAUUUAUUGAA